AUCACGUGACAUAAACAAGCAUGGCUGAUCUCGACGAAGUAAAAACGAAAUCAAGCGCAUUUUCGUUUAAGAAAAGACCUAAUACUUUUACAAAGCGCACCAGAGUAGUAGAUAAAGAUAGUGAGAGCAGCGAAGAUGAAACUGAAGUGUAUAGACCGGAGAGAAAAAAGAAAGUCAAUCCUAUGAUACAGGCAACGAAAAUCAAAGGCCAUAGAGAAAAAACUGAUGAUAGAGUUGAUGAGUCUAUAGUUAGCGGCUAUAAAUCGAGUAGGACAGGAAAAAGAGAAGGUCCAGAGGAUAUGGGAGCUACGAGAGAAUAUAAUCUUGAUACGGAGAAGAAUGUGGAUGCUCAGGCAAUUUUUGAAAGAAAACAAAAAGUAAAUGAAGAACUAGAAGGAAAGGAAGACGAUAAAAUUUAUAGAGGAAUCAACAAUUAUGCUACUUAUAUUAAAAAGAAGGAUACUGCUCAGGGUAAUGCGUCUAGUGGACAUGUCAGAAAAGGACCGAUGAGAGCUCCCGCAAAUAUCAGAUCAACAGUAAGAUGGGAUUAUCAACCAGAUAUUUGUAAAGAUUAUAAAGAAACUGGAUUUUGUGGAUUUGGCGAUUCGUGUAAAUUUCUUCACGAUCGAAGUGAUUAUAAGCACGGUUGGCAAUUAGAACUUGAAGAACAAAAGGAAGAACCCGAUGAAGAUGUAACUAAAUACGAAAUUUCUAGUGAUGAAGAGGAUUUGCCAUUUAAAUGCUUUCUAUGCAGAGAUUCUUUUAAGAAUCCUAUUGUUACUAAAUGUAAACAUUACUUUUGCGAACAAUGCGCCCUAAAACAUUAUAGAAAGAGUAAAAGAUGCUUUGUUUGUAAUCAACAAACUUUUGGAAUAUUUAAUCCAGCUAAAGAAUUAAUUGAACGUCUGAGUAAGGUUACAAAUAAUGAUAGCGAAAAUGAAGAAGAGGAAAAUAAUGACGAACAGAAUCUAGGCGUUCAGGAAAGACGUAAACUUAGAAAAAACAGAAAAGCAGAUGACGAGGAUAUUGUUGAAAUUGAUGAUGAAGAUGAUAAUGACGACGACGACGAUGAUGAUAUUCAAGAAGUUAAAGAAAGAUCAGAGAAAGAAGCCGAUGUUGUUUGUCUUAGUUAA